AUCCAUAACUGAACCAUUAUUCUAACAACUGACAGUGUAGUUGGCGAUGUGUCUAUCAGUCUACGUCGAACGUCGUGACCAUCCACCUACUAGGAUUUUAGCCUUUUUCCCAUUUGUCCAUCUGAUGUAUAUAUUUGGCAAAAACCUAUUUUUAAUCUCUCACCUUAUCAAAUUAAGUUAGAAAAUAAGAUAACCAAACAUUAAAAUUCAACAUUGAAAGAAUAGGCCUAAAUAAAAAAAGCAAUGGAGACAGAGUGUGGAGACAGGGGACGAUACGGCAACGGCAAAUCGACAACCGGUUUCAAGGAUUUCGUGCACAAACUGCCAGCUUACAACAAGGGUUUACUGAAGCAAUGUGUGUCAUUCCACUUCUACAAUUUUCCUGAAGAUUGGGGAGCGAAGCAACUUUUCUUUUUCAUUAGGAGAGCGGUGAAAGGAGGAAGACUGUGGGAUAUCUUUAUACCGAGUAAGAGGGACAAAAGGGGCAAUAGGUAUGGUUUUGCUAGGUUCUUGGACGCCAGGGUUUAUCAAGCGAUGAAGAAGCAACUAGAAAACAUGUGGAUUGGAAACAGAAGGGUGAUCUUUAACCCUGUAGAGGAUAGAAGAGAAGAGCGGCGCAGAACGACUUUAAAGUUGUCAGAGAAGGCAAGAUGGCAGAGCAGCAAAAAAAGGACCACUUAUGAAGAUCACAUGAAGGCGGUUGGAGGAAGCAGACCAGAUUCAAAACUGACAUACGCUCAAUGCCUCAUGCAACACAGAGAGGGAGGAAAGCCCAGAGAAACAGGAAAGAAAGAACCCACACCAUCAGAGGCCAGAGACGCCCGGCGGAGUUUAAACAGAGAAUCAAAUAAGUUACAUGAUACUGGAGGUUUCAAGUACAAAAAGGUGAUAGAGGCAACAGGAACGGACAAGGUAGAAGAAAAGCUGAUGAAAUGUGCUGUCAGGAUGGCUUUAUCUCCUUCUAUCAUUCCAAGCCUUCCAAAGAUUUUCUUUAAUGAAGGAUUUCCAUCGAUCAAAAUUGUUCCAAUGGGAGGCAACUUGGUGUUAAUCGACGGUGAUGACUCGGAGAGUAUACAGGAGUUGGUAGAUGGAAAUCUUGAGUGGGUGUCUCACUACUUUGACCGGGUUAAAAUCUGGUCACCAUCAGAUAUUGCAGAAGAAAGGUUCGUCUGGGCAAGAAUUCAAGGGUUACCACUGCAUGCUUGGACUAAAGAAAACUUACUCAAAAUUGGUAACCAAGUGGGUAAGUGUGUAUUAGUUGACGAAUACACUCUCUCUAAGGAGUGUUUGGACGUAGCAAGAGUCCUGGAGAAUUGGAGAAAUGAUCCUUGGUGGCCGAAGAAAGUACACAACUCCAUCACUAAAUCAGAAGUGAGUUCAUCGGAGUCUAACCCCGGCGACAAUUUCGGCGAGUUCGAAUGUGACUGUUCAAACGGUCCAGAGGGAGGGGAAAUUCAAACUCCACUCAAAGAUGUCAGUGGCAUUAAUUAUCCUGACAAUUUGAGAGGCUCAAAGCAAGUUGUUGAGGAGAACAGGGAGAUAGGUGGCACACUGUCUAAUCAGGAGCGGGAGAAACAGAGUGAGGGGAACGAAGACAACCAAACAAGAAGGAACCUCAACAGUAACGGUAAAGUUCCAGCAACAAAAGAUCGGGUAGCCCAAGAAAUAGCCCAAUUUAGAAGCCCAAGUGGUAGCAAAUACAAAGCCCAGUGUGAUGAACACAAAUUGGGGUCGGGCAAGAAGGAGGGCAGCGAGUUUCAAGCUUUUGUAAGCCCAAUAAAAUCCCCAAACACUGCUACAGAAAUUAGAGUUGAAUCAAUGAAAUUGGUGACUGGAACGAAGCGAGGAAAAAGAAGGAAAGCAAGGGUUCAGCCGAUCAAUUUUGGGGGGGAGGUAACACAAGGCUCUCUAUUAGAAGGGGAUAUUGUCUGCAACAACAGAAGAAUCAAGGAAGGAAUGAUCUCCGAGGAAGCAAAGAAGGUGCUGGAUCUGGGAAAAAAGAUAAGGAUCGAUGUCGAAAAUCGAGAAGAGUUGAUUCUGGGAAAAUUCAUAAGAAUGGAAGAAAGAGACAAGCAGGGGUGUGGUCGAGAGAUACCAAGAUCAGGAGGAGUUCUUUGUAUUUGGGAUAAAGAUUUUUUUGAGAAAGUAACAAUGGUUGAGAAGCCAAAAGCCUUAGCAAUUUUUGGCUUAUGGGGAGAAAAGAAGCAAAAGUGUUGCAUUGUGAAUGUUUAUGCCUCAUGUAACAGAAACGAAAGAAUGGAAACAUGGACAGAGCUACUGAAGAUGAUUGAGGAAGGGGAAGGAUUCUGGUGCAUUGCUGGAGAUUUCAAUAGCGUGAGAUCAAUGGAGGAGAGAAGAGGAAGAUCUGAGCACUCCAGAUAUAAGGAGGACCUUAAUGAAUUUAUUGAAAAUGCAGGAUUGGUUGAUUUGCCAUUAACAAGAAGAAAAUUUACUUGGUAUAAGGGUGAUGGGUCAGCUAUGAGUAGGCUGGAUAGAUUUCUCCUAUCAAACGACCUCCUUAAUUUCUGGGGUGAUUGUUGCCAAGUUGGUUUAAACAGGUCGAUAUCAAAUCAUUGUCCGGUGGUACUAAAGAAGAUUAAUAGCGACUGGGGGCCAAAGCCUUUUAGGGCCUUGAAUUGUUGGGAUCAGCAUCCAGACUUCAGAAGAGUAGUAGAGGAGAGCUGGAAAUCUACAGAGGUGAGGGGAUGGAAGGGUUAUGUAUGCAAAGAAAAAUUUAAGCAUUUGAGAAACAGAUUGAAGAUAUGGAAUCUUGAAGUCUUUGGGAACUUUGAAAAACAAAUUGAUAUGGCAGAAGCUAAAAUCAAAGAAGUUGAUAGCAAGAAUGAAAUUACUGAAAUAUCAGAGGAAGAUAUAUUGUUGAGAAGGGAAGCUAAUAUCAACAAGCUGAGAAAAAUGAUUCAAGGCAUUCAUAAGGAUGGUUCUUGGGUGGAGGAACCCAACAUUGUGAAACAAGAAGUGCGAGAAUACUUUAGAAAGAUUUUUCAAGAUGAGCAGUGGGACAAGCCAAAGCUAGAUGGGUUACAAUUUAAACAACUCACCGAGGAGGACAGAAUCUGGUUGGAAAGGGCAGUCUCAGCAGAAGAGGUGAAACAAGCAGUGUGGGAAUGCGGAGGCGAUAAAUCCCCUGGUCCUGAUGGCUUCAGCUUCCAUCUUAUUAGAGCUUGCUGGACAGUGAUUGAGAAAGAUGUUGUUGAAUUUGUGCAGGAGUUUUCCAGAAACGGCAAGCUGGUCUUAGCAAACAGGAUUAAAAAAGUAUUACCCAAGGUGAUAAGUGGGACCCAAUCCGCUUUUUUGGGAGGAAGACAUAUCAUUGAUGAUGAAAUGAUGAGGAGACUCGACUUUGGUGAAAAAUGGAGAAUGUGGAUAAAGGAAUGUCUGCAAACCGCUUCAAUUUCGAUCCUCGUUAAUGGAAGUCCAACUGAAGAGUUCAAAAUGGAGAGGGGGAUCCGACAAGGAGACCCGAUUGCCCCGUUCCUCUUCUUAAUUGUUGUUGAAGGUUUAAAUGUGUUGAUUGAAUCAGCUAUUAGCAAGGAAGCUCUCAAAGGAAUUGAUGUAGGGCCCUUUGGUAUGAACAUUUCACACCUCCAGUUUGCUGACGAUACUGUCAUCAUGGGGAAGGUAGACCCCGACAACAUUAAAGCAGUGAAAGGGAUAUUGAGAUGGUUUGAGCUGCUGUCAGAUCUAAAAAUUAAUUUCAAUAAGAGUGUGCUUUACUCAUUUAAUGCUUCUGAUGAGUGGGGAAGAAUGGUUGCCGCUACCCUCAAUUGCAAAUCAGGUUCUCUCCCCUUUACGUACCUUGGGAUGCCUGUUGGGGAUAUUAUGUGUAGAAGGAAAGCAUGGAAACUAGUCAUUGAUAAUUUUUCCAAAAAGCUGGCAGUCUGGAAAGUGAAAAGCCUAUCGAUUGGUGGCCGAGUUACGUUGCUAAAGUCGGUUCUCUCUGCCCUCCCUAUUUACUUUAUGUCUAUUUUUAGAAUUCCAAAAGUUGUGCUCCAUGAUUUAGUGUCUUUACAAAGGAAGUUCCUAUGGGGUUAUACGGAGGACAAGAGUAAAUUAGCUUGGUUAAGUUGGGAGAAAGUGUGUAGGAACAGAAGUGAGGGAGGACUAGGAGUGCCAAAUCUUGACUAUAGAAAUAUUGCGUUGCUAGGGAAGUGGUGGGAUAGAUUUGGGAAGGAAGAGGGCAGCUUAUGGAAAAAAGUUGUUAUUGAUAAAUUCUAUGGAAGAGGGUCCGUGUGGGAUAUCAACCAAACUCAACUUAGGAAUGUGUCCACCCUAUGGAGGAAUAUUGUAGAAUUAGGAGAGAAGGGGGGAACCGAACCCCUAAAUAUUUCCUUCCCUCGAUUAUUUAACUUGACUUCCAACAAAGACGCCCUAGUUAUGGAAGUGGGGCAGUUUUCUAACGACUCUUGGAUCUGGAAAAACAUCUGGAGACAUGAUUUUAUUGGCAGGGAAAGGGACGAAGAACAGAGGAUCAAAGAGAUCAUCCUAAGAGAGCUAGUGUUAUCAUCCCAACCAGACCAAAGAAGAUGGAGCUUCGAUACCGCAAAUGGCUACACAGUGCGCAAGGCCUAUUCUUUGAUGGCUAGUCAAAAUAGAUUAGUGGAGACAAGAAUUUGCAGAAAGCUUUGGGGCAAAUUGAUCCCGUCCAAGAUCAACUGCUUCGGGUGGCGCCUUAUUUUGAAGGGACUUCUGAUGAAAGCAGGGAUACUAAAAAGAGGUAUCCAGCUUCAAGAGGAGGCGACUUUUUGCUGCAUUUGUAGAAAGGAAUUGGAGGAUGACGACCACUUGUUUGCCACAUGCCCAAAGAUCCAAAGUUUGUGGAUGAGAUGCUAUAACUGGUGGGGGAUAUCCCUAACGCUGCCUAACACAAUUUCUCUUUUAUGUGAAGCUCACAGUAUAGGGAUCAAAAAGUGGGUAAAUUCUGAAGUUUGGUUUCUGAUUUUCUUGGUGGUUGCAUGGUCUAUAUGGUACACAAGGAACUCUAUUAUACACAAUUCACAACAAUGGGAUGAGGAUAAAACUUUUGACUUAAUUCAAAGGAGAACAUUUGCUUGGAUAAGGGGAAGAUCUACUAACACUAUGUUUCCCUUUUUCUAUUGGUGCAAUUCCCCUAGUACAUGUGUCCAAGAAAUUCCCAAGAGGUAGAUUUAACAUUGAAGUUUCUCAGUCCUCACUUUAGUUUUUGGAACGAUUUCAUAGUUUGAGGAUGCUUUCAUUAUCCCCGAAUGUAUUCUCUAUUGUAUUUGCUAUGACUUUUUGAUAUUACGGGUUGAAUACCCCUUGUACUCCUACAUAUAAUAAUUUUUGAUUCAUCUA